UAAUAAAGAAAGGGAAAGCAAAGUAGAGAACAAAAAACAGAAAUCUACGACUCUAUACAUACAUAAAGAGACACUCCCAAAACAAUCAGCUACUGCCUCCAAUAAUGUCGCUGGUAUAUCAAGCAGACCCUCUGUUGGUUGUAGAACCUCACCAUUAUAGUGGGGGGAUCCCCGUCUUUAUGCCAACAAUGGCCGAGUUCAAGGACUUUUAUGCAUUCAAUAAAGCAAUUAAUAAAUACGGAAUGCAACUGGGGAUUGUGAAAAUUAUCCCCCCACAGGAAUGGAAAAGAGCAUUACCCAAGUAUACAAACAAGCAACUUGAAAGUAUUCGUAUCAAAAACCCCAUCAUACAACAUAUUAACGGUGUAGGUGCAGGAGUUUACUCGCUGCAAAAUAUUGAAAGGACGAGGACAUAUAGUAUGGAACAAUGGAAAGAUCUAUCACAACAUUCCAAUUAUCUUCCACCAGCACCUAGGGGUAAAGUAAGAGAGACACUGCAUAAGAACGUAAAGGACCAUGGCAUUCAAAUUGGCAAAAGAUCAAGAUCAUCAUCCACAAGCGCGACAUCCACAAAGGCUGCUGGCUCAUUCCAUAAGAAUUAUAAUAUAGACACUUCAGAAUUUACACCAGAGAGAUGCGAGCAACUAGAGGCUGCGUACUGGAAGACCCUUACUUAUGCGGAGCCUAUGUAUGGAGCCGACUCCUUGGGUUCACUUUUCCUGUCUAAUGUUAAAAGCUGGAAUGUUGCAAAUCUUCCUAAUAUAUUGGACCUUAUGGACACUAGACUUCCUGGUGUGAAUGAUGCAUAUUUAUACGCUGGCCUCUGGAAGGCCACAUUUUCAUGGCACCUUGAGGAUCAAGAUUUGUAUUCGAUUAAUUAUUUACAUUUUGGAGCUCCCAAACAAUGGUAUUCCAUUCCACAAGAACAAGCUUCAAAAUUUUAUGAACUUAUGAAAGAAGAAUUUCCAGAAGAUAGUAGACAGUGUCUGGAAUUCCUAAGACAUAAAACAUUUAUGAUGUCACCCACGUAUUUGGCCAAACAUGGAAUUCAAUGCAAUAAAAUUGUACAUAACGAAGGGGAAUAUAUCAUAACAUAUCCAUAUGGAUACCACUCUGGAUUCAAUUUUGGUUAUAACCUUGCAGAAUCCGUCAAUUUUGCUCUUGAUGAUUGGUUUCAAUAUGGGAAAGUCACCAAGAAAUGUGAAUGUAUUAAUGAUUCUGUGGGUAUUAAUGUUGAUCAUUUGUACUGCAAGUUUAUGGGGAUACCAUACGAACAUCAUUUAUCAAAGAAUGAAGACAAUGAAGAUGCGAACUUGGAUGUGGUUGAGCAGGAAACAAUCGAAGAUCAGAAAGAAUCAACAGUCAAACUUACUAAGAAGAAAGUGAAACAAAAUAGGAAACCCCCGUCGUCAUCUAAGUCACCCGAAUUACCAAAAGUCACCAAACCAGACUUUGAAUGCCAUUUAUGUCCUAAUAAUUUACCAAAGAUAUUACAGAACAUGAAAUUAUUCCAAUUAAUUGACAUUGAUUCAACACCUUAUCGAGCACAUAGGAUUUGUGCGGAACAAUUGAACGGAUUAUCGAUUACAGAACAAAAGGACACUUUGGACAAAGUUGCAAAGAAUCAACCUGAGCCUCAAAAAACAAACAGAUUAAUACUAAGACAUACAAUUAAGGGGAUUUCUUCCGUAACACAAGCUCAACGAAACCUUAAAUGUGGUGUUUGUAAUAAAAGGAAUGAUAAAUCAAAGCCUCAGCAUGGCGUAUGUUUCCAAUGUGUACAUCCGAAGUGCGUUAGAGCAUAUCAUGCAACUUGCGCAAUCUCAGAUGGGGUUUUAUUUGGUGAGACUGAAGAGGGAAAUACUUGUAAAUUCCAUAGAAACAAAACAGUUUUCCAACCAAUGAACCUUGCAAAGUUCGAAAAGAUUUCUAGGAUCCCCAUCAAGUCAAUCAUUCAGUUUUCUCUUGUAAAACCUAUAACAACGAAGAUUGUUCAACCGAAAGAAUUAUUCAGUGGACUUAUAACUGGGAACUUUCCCGAGGAAAGUUUAUUACAUGUCAAUAUUUAUCCCCAUCUCAGGGAAUCCUUGGAGGUUUCGUACGAGAAUUUAUUGAUAAAUGGAGAUGAUGGGCAUUCUUCGACAGUAGAUAACUCCUUCUUAAUCCAUACAAGAGAAGCCAAAAAAAUAUCUACAAGAAAAAAGACCAUCAAAGAGGAUCGUACUGUGACUGGUUUGGAAGAUGUGAAUUUGACGAAGAUUCUUGAUGAUCCAUUCAAUAUUGUUGAGUCGCUUCUAUUCUUACAUCGGGCACCAUCGGUAACUCAAGAUAUUCUGAAUGGAGUAUUUUGGCACUAUAUCCAUAGUGCAUCUACGGAUGUUGUAGCAAGGUAUUCAAACAAUAUUAAGUCUGAUACCCCAAAUGAUGCAAAUUAUUUGAAACAACUCGAUAGAAAAUUAAAGAGGAAAUUUGAUGGUAAUAAAUUUGAAUUAAUUGAUAAGAAACCAAAGUUUAUCAACAGUGAAUUUAAACAACAACCAGUUGUCAAUGGACAUUUUUUACCACGACAACCUCCAACGCCACCUAUGUAUUUACAACAACCACAAAUACAUUAUCCUAACUACUACAUGCAACCAAUGAAUUUACCCAAUUUCCAUUACCAACCUACACAUUUGCAAGGACCAAGCGCUAUGCAGAAUACUAUGGUUCCAAUUCACGGUCCUACAAAUGGAGUACAAUACGUGUCCUUGAGGCAAAAUAAUCCUCAGAGAUGAUAAAAAAUAUAUAUACGAUUCACCUGCAAAGUAGCUCCCAUUAUUAAAUACCCC